AUACGUUGUAAAUAAGCAUUUGUAGAGAUGUUUAGUCUAGGUGAUGUUAGUGAUGUUUUGUUUAGGUGAUGUUAGGGAUUGUUAAGUUUAAGUUAUGUUAGAUAGGUCUAAGUUAAGGUUAUUUUCGAGAUGGUUAAGUUGAGGUUGUAUUAGUUAGUUUAGAGAUGGUUAAUACAGGAGUUUGGUUAGAGAGAUGCUUGGUUUAGUUUAGUUUAGGCACUGAGCAGCGCGCUUGGUACCGCGCACGACGCGCUGUCGCAUUCGCGCGGUACCGCAGUCUGCGCGCCUCCAGUCUCACGGAUACAUAAUAUUAUGGUUUAUGUUACCAUAUGAACAAUGGGGCUUUCAUUUUGCCUAUUAUCCGUAAAACAGGAGCUUUGAAUCCUCCCACACGCAUCGAUGGAUGUCCGGUCGUCAGAAAGCUGUCCGGUAUAUGCCGGGCAGAGGAUGAACGGCUCCAGCUCCGGUAACGGAGGGAAGAUAUCCAAGAAGUCGCGGAGCAGAAAAGGCAAACGAGGCCGCAGAAGGAAGAGUAGGAAGAGCCGGAGCAACAAAUCCCCACCGCCGUAUCUACCUCCGGAGGCAGAAGAAGGAAACAUUGAAUAUAAGCUGAAGCUGGUGUCCCCGACGCCGCAGCGCUUCGAGCACCUGGCCACGCAGCUGAAGUGGCGGCUGCAGGAGGGCGGGGGCGAGGCGGUGUACCAGAUCGGGGUGGAGGACAACGGCAUGCUGGUGGGCCUCAGCCAGGAGGACAUGAAGGCCUCGCUACACACCCUGCAGAGGAUGGCCGAGAAGGUUGGAGCAGAUAUAACCGUCCUCAGAGAGAGGGAGGUGGAGUACAACUCAGACCGGAAGUCCAGAAAGAUCACUGAGGUUCUGGUGCGGAAGGUUCCAGAUGACCAACAGUUCCUGGACCUGCGGGUGGCGGUCCUGGGGAACGUGGACUCUGGGAAGUCCACCCUGCUGGGGGUCCUGACCCAGGGGGAGCUGGACAACGGGCGUGGCCGCGCUCGCCUCAACCUCUUCAGACACCUCCACGAGAUCCAGACGGGGCGCACCUCCAGCAUCAGCUUUGAGAUCCUGGGCUUCAACAGCAAGGGAGAGGUGGUGAACUACAGUGAUUCGCGCACGGCAGAGGAGAUCUGUGAGAACUCGUCUAAGAUGAUCACCUUCAUGGACCUGGCGGGCCACCACAAGUACCUGAAGACCACCAUCUUCGGCCUGCUCAGCUACGGACCCGACUUCGCCAUGCUGGUGGUCAGCGCCAACACCGGCAUAGCGGGGACCACCCGGGAGCACCUGGGCCUGGCCCUGGCCCUCAAGGUGCCCAUCUUCCUGGUGCUGAGCAAGGUGGACCUGUGCUCGCGCUCCACGGUGGAGCGCACCCUGAGGCAGCUGGAGCGCGUCCUGAAGCAGCCGGGCUGCAACAAGGUGCCCUUCCUCGUGACCGGGCCCGACGACGCCGUCACCGCCGCACAGCAGUUCACACAGUCCACCAGCAUCACCCCCAUCCUCCUGGUCUCCAGUGUGGGGGGGGAGGGGCUGAAACUCCUCCAGGAGUUCCUCAACAUCCUCCCUCCUCUGAGCAGCAGCCAGGAGCAGGAGGAGCUCAUGGAGCAGCCCACCGAGUUCCAGGUGGACGAGAUCUACUCUGUUCCUGAUGUUGGGACCGUGGUGGGGGGCACUCUGUACAGCGGGGUGUGCCGGGAGGGCGAGCGCCUCCUGGUGGGCCCUACGGACGCGGGGGGUUUCCUGCGGCUGCGGGUGGGCAGCAUCCAGAGGAACCGCUCCGGGUGCCGUCUGCUGCGGGCCGGCCAGGCCGCCACGCUGGCCCUGGGCAACUUCGACCGCUCGCUGCUGCGCAAGGGCAUGGUGAUGGUGAGUCCCAGGGUGAACCCGACCAUCUGCUGUCAGUUUGAGGCGUCCAUCGUGCUCCUCUUUCACGCCAAGACCUUCCGCCGGGGGUCCCAGGUCACCGUGCACGUGGGCAACGUCCGACAGACCGCCACCGUGCUCUGCAUGCAGGGGAAGGAGGAGCUGCGUACGGGGGAGCGGGCGGUGGUUCGGUUCCGCUUCAUCAAGCACGCCGAGUACCUGCGGCUGGGAGCCAAGCUGCUCUUCAGAGAGGGCGUGGCUAAGGGCAUCGGUCACGUGACCCGGCUGCUUCCCGCCUCCAACAACCUAGACCAGAACCAGAACCAGCGACCUCAUAGGCACGACGCUGAGGGGGAGGGUCACCUCAACACCGACGCUACCCGCAAACCCCGCCCCCAUCCGUCAUCACCUCUCCAGUGAACUCUGACCUGGCUUAGCUGUUGGGUCUCUCUCUCUCUCUCUCUCUCUCUCUCUCUCUCUCUCUCUCUCUCUCUCUCUCUCUCUCUCUCUCUCUCUCUCUCUCUCUCUCUCUCUCUCUCUCUCUCUCUCUCUCUCUCUCUCUCUCUCUCUCUCUCUCUCUCUCUCUCUCUCUCUCUCUCUCUCUCUCUCUCUCCUUGAUAUUGCCAUGCCAUGGCAACAGCAAGGGUUUAAAAUGCUAACAUCACUCGAAGGACCAGAUAUUAAUACUAAAGAGACAUGGCGAUAACUAUAGUACUACUAGUCUAGAGUACUAGUCUUGUGAUACUGGAUUACUAUGGACUAAGGAUGUCAGGGUGGAUUUCCAGAGCGGUAUUAGUUGGUUUGUUCUGUGUUUUUCAACAUAAAAGCGCGUCAGGUGGUUUGUUUUGUAGAACUCCGCCCACUAAGCAUCACCACAUGUUGUGCUCCCCUGCAUGUUCCCUCCUGCUAGUGGAUUUUAGCCAAUUAACUUGCAGCUAAUAAGCUAUUGGCCAGUUAGCUUGUAGCUAGCUUGCUAGUAGCUAGGACAUCGUUUUUACCGUCCUCCGAUUCAGUGAGCUGAAUAUGUGAAUGUAUUUCCCAUCGUUUGUGGAGAGUACUACGCAUCUGCCUCGACCACAGCAUGCUCUCGAUCGCUAGCCUCCAGGGUACCUAAGAACGCAGGCUAACCAUAGACACCAGAGCCAAACCAGCAACCUUGGUGUUCAGUGAUGAUAUUUGCUGUAAUACUGUAAGUGAUUGACUUGUUUUGAAUCCAAAACGGAUUCAGCGUUUUGACAGAUUUAACUUUUAACAGAAGUCUUCUAUAUGCUGUAUUUAUAAAGAUGAUGUUCGGUUUAAUUCUUGUUCAUCCCUCAAAAAAAUUAUUUUGGGGAGGGGCUUAACGUUGUGACGGACCAAUAUUGGGCACAGAACGCCGUCACAGAACGAGAUGAGACAUUUCCACAUGUUAACAUAGCAUAACUGUGCUGGCAUGUGGGAAUGCACCGUUAGCUUGCUCCAAACUAU